GCGAACUUUUUUCCUCCGGAUCUCACCCUUCAUUUUGGCGUCUUUUCCAGCACCCACCUCCCCAAGCCAGCAGGUUUUUUCCGCCAUCACCAUCGCGUCGUCGAUAGCACUAUACCCGCUAUACGUCGCAACAAGAAAGAACCACAUCUGCGCCGCCGUCGCAUACCGCGUCCAAACCGCCAAAACCAUGCCGCGCCCACCAAAGAACAAGGUCGUUGAGGCCGCGAAGCCCAGCUCCGCACCGCCUAGGGCGCCCGUCAUUGAUGUUGACAAUUUUAUUCGCGUGCGCGACUCGGUCUACCAAAGGCUCUCAACCAUUCAAGAUCUGAUCAAGAGCUUCUCCAAUGACUACCUCCGCCAAACCAACCUCCUGCUGGGGGAGGGCACUAACAUUGAGAACGGCGGCGAGCUGGACAGCAUUGCUGGAGCCCUCAGCAGCCUGAUGCCUGCUGCUUUUGCCCCGCCUCUGCCUGUCGUUGAGGAGAAGAAGGAGCGUAAGAAGCGCACUCACGAUCCCAAUGCGCCCAAGCGCCCCCUCACCCCGUACUUCCUAUACAUGCAGACGGCUCGCCCCAUUAUCGCCAGUGACCUCGGAGAAGAGGCUCCCAAGGGCGCCGUUCAAGAGGAAGGCCAGCGCCGUUGGUCUGUCAUGGGCUCUGCCGAGAAGCAGGGCUGGAACACGGCAUACCAGUACAAUCUGCGCCUCUACAACGCCCGCGUCCACUCUUACAAGCACGGCAACCCGGACGCCAAGAACAUGUCAGACCCUGAGGCGCUCAAGUAUGCCGAUGAGUUCAAUAUCGAGAUGCCCACAGCUACGGCUGUCGUUGAGGAGGAGCCCACACCGGCGGCUAAGACCCCCAAGAAGGGCAAAGACACCCGCAAGCGCAAGACAGCCACCCCGGCAGCCGAGGCGGAGCCCGCUAAGAUCGCGCCUACGCCCUCAAGCCCAGAGGUGAAGAAGCGCAAGCGGACGUCCAAGGCGGCCGAGGUAGAAGAACCUAAGAAGUCGGGGCGGAAGAAGUCCAAGACGGGCUGAAUCCCGUCCUCAAUCUAUCUCUGCCUUUCUUUACGUCUUUGCUUCGUUGUCUCAUGAUACCUCUCUGGGCUAUUACCGUCUUGGUCUUUUUAUGAUACCCUCGUCGACGAGACACUAGCGAGGACCGUCCUAGUGGUUUGCAUUCGCCGAGGUGGUAUAGUUCGGAACUCGACGGGAUUUCACUUUUCGGCGCGCCUGACGGUUCUUUCCGGCGCUCGCUGACUUGCGGGGGUGUGUGUGU